UUCUUAAAACGACACAGUUUUUGAUUCCUCUCCGACUACUCUUUUACGUUUUCCUCAGCGCCAUUGAUCCGUUCGAUCUCUCUCAGCGAUUUGAAACUCGGAUGAUACGGUGAAGAUGAAGAUUGAUCUGAAUAAGGUUGCUCGUAAGAUUGAGGUGGAUAAUCGUAUUCCUCUCCGUAAUUACUACCGCAUCGCCGAUAAUCUCCUCCGACAGGCCAGCAUAUAUCGCGAUGAGAAGAAUGUUGUGGAUUUGUAUAUCAUGCUUCUUAGAUAUUCAAGUUUGAUUUCUGAAACGAUUCCUUUCCAUCGAGAUUACCAGGCAUGGCUUCCACAAGAAAGACUUGGGAGUAGGAAGAGGUUGCGUGCUGUAAUCAAUGAGCUCGAGUCUCUGAAACCGGAAUUUAACCGGCUAGUGGAUAAGCUAAACAGAGCCGAGGAUGAAUCCCACCGGGUUGGAAAUGAUCUCCCGAUUGUAUCAUAUAGUUCAGAUGCUGUUGAAUGGCCUCCUUCCCACAAAGCUUCAUCAUACUCCAGUCCUGAUAUUAACAAGGCAGCCUUACCGACAUCUCAACCAUCCUGGACGUAUAACAAUAAUCUAACUUCAUCUUCAAAUCGUACACAGAUUGAUCAGCAAUUCCAGAAGCUAUCAUUUGAUUUUCUGCCUCCAAACCAAGCAACCUUGUCUAGACAUUCAUUUCUAGGUCCAAAUGGUCUAAAAAGUCAGUGGGUUGCACCCAAGUCGGAGAUAAAGGUUCAAUAUCCGAGUAAUACCGACUGGGGUUCUGCUGAAAAUUCAGGUUUGAUUGACACUGGACUGAGCGGUUCCGCAGCAUCACUUAAUGGUGAUUCUCAAGAGAUUGCAACGCUGAACUCUGUACUCUCCUUAGAUGAUGGUCGAUGGCAGCGUCAUUCUGAGGCAGUAAAUUCCCAGUUUAUUAGUGACGCAACUGAAGACCCCUUUCAGUUUGUUGGUAUGAAGCAACCUUCCCCUCCUCCUGUGCUUGCCCAAGUGCAUCAAGAGCUAGCCCAAAUUUGCCCAUCUAAAGUUGCUGAUCCUAGACCAGGACCCCGGUGCGCAUAAUGGAUGAUUUCCUAAGGCUAGCUCGGUCAAACACAGAAAGGAAUUUAGAAACUUGUGGAGUACUUGCUGGCUCUCUGAAAAACAGGGUUUUUCAUAUCACCACUCUCAUAAUCCCAAAGCAGGAGUCUACCUCAGAUUCUUGCCAAACACUAAACGAAGAAGAAAUAUUCGAAGUACAGGACAGGCUCUCUCUAUUUCCCUUGGGUUGGAUUCAUACACAUCCUACACAAACUUGCUUCAUGUCAUCAGUUGAUCUCCACACACACUACUCGUAUCAGAUAAUGCUACCGGAGGCAGUUGCAAUUGUGAUGGCACCAACAGACGAAUCAACACCUCACGGAAUAUUCCAUCUCUCAGAUCCAUCAGGCGUAUCCGUGAUCCGUAACUGCCAACAACGAGGCUUCCACCCGCACGAAGAAUCAGAAGACGGUAACCCAAUCUACGAGCAUUGCUCACACGUCUUCCUCAAUGCCAAACUCAAAUACGAAGUCCUUGACCUCCGCUAAAACCAACAACCCUCAUCACCAUGUUUUAUUUUUCCUCAAAGAGUCUUUAACAUUUAUAAAAACACCUCAGAAAUCAGAACGUCUCAGCCGUACAUAUAUAAAUAUGUGUAGUAUCUUCUUAAAACUUGGCUGAACCUUCUUGAGUGACGAUGAUUGUGUUUUAUUAUCUAAAACAAAUAUACCUGAACAUUCGUAUGUACCACUUCAUUUCACAUAUAGUCAAAUUUGCCAAAACUGUAA